AUGGCGUCAUGACUUGAGACGCUGAUUAGGUGUUCGUCCAGCCCGGGGAACCGGAAGUAGUCUCAGAAAGGAAGAAGCCAAGCGAAUAUUUUCGUUUAAUGCAGCAUAGUAUUAGUCUGUGAGCUAUUAGUUAGUGUCUUAUGAAAUGUGUAAUUGUAUUCGUGGAUGGUCUUCGUCGACGUGAGGAUGUCAAGGGAGGACAUUGAACUUGCUGGUGGAUAAAGAAGUGCCAUACAUUUCCAUAUUCUCUGUCUUAGGCCUUCGAAUGUCUUUGACACUGACAGCUAUGAGUGACAGUAGCGCAAUGACCAGCAGGCACCAACAGUGGUCAGGGGUUGGGCAAGCGCAGCCACCUCCCCGUGGUCCCUAUAUCUCAGUCAUCACCAACAGAACCACCAACCUUGUGAUACGAGGAGCCAUGCUGUUCUUUGUGGGUGUCUUCCUGGCCCUGGUGCUGAACUUACUUCAAGUCCAGAGAAACAUAACUCUCUUUCCCCCUGAUGUCAUCAGCAGUAUCUUCUCUUCCGCCUGGUGGGUGCCACCCUGCUGCGGCAUGGCCUCAGCAAUGAUUGGACUGCUGUACCCCUUCAUCGACAGACAUCUGGGUGAGCCACACAAGUUCAAGCGAGAAUGGUCAAGUGUGAUGCGCUGUGUGGCUGUGUUUGUGGGCAUCAACCACGCUAGUGCUAAAGUGGACUUUGCCAACAACAUCCAGCUGUCUCUGACUCUGGCGGCGCUUUCCAUCGGUCUGUGGUGGACAUUUGACCGCUCACGUAGUGGCUUCAGCUUGGGGAUCAGCAUAGCCCUGCUGGCAACACUGGCCACUCAACUCCUGGUUUACAAUGGAGUCUUUCAGUACACUUCUCCAGAUUUCCUGUACAUUCGCUCCUGGUUACCUUGUAUCUUCUUUGCAGGGGUGAUAACAAUGGGGAACAUAGGACGGCAGCUAGCCUCGUACGAAUAUAAGUUCAUUCAAGAAAAGACCCAUCAGGACUGAGGAAUUGCUUGGUUCCAUUUGGCUUCUACUCACAAUGACAUUGCCUCUGUACCAACCUGAAGCCACAGACAAGUUAUUAGAAAAAAUCUGCAGCUUACUCCAGACCAGGACCCAGCCAUGUCAAAUGAGCCCUGAGCUCCCGCCCAGUGCUUUUCGUUGGACCAGACAGUAUUUUUGAACGGCUUUCAUCAGGCCAUUCAGAGCUUGCCGCGGUUAGUGGCUACAGUGUAACCUGAGCUGAGGUGAAGAGUGAGAGGAUUGGUUGUUUUUUCUUUGGUGCAGUUCAUCUUCACUUAUCUGGAAUGAGAUUAGCAGCAAAGCGUUAUUGACUGCAAAUUUCUGAGGUUGGAAGUGAAUGGUGAAUUUGUUGAUCCAGACAUGACAACACUUUUAAUCACAUUUAGACAUUUUCUUAGGAAAUCACAUUGUUUUUAAAUACUUGCUUAAAUUCAGGGAACAACAUUUUAGCCAUCUCAGUUGCUUGUUAAAAUGGUUAAAAAGCAAUGUUCACUUUGCCCAAAAAGAUAGAAAUGCCAUAUUUCUCAGCUUAUUGUCUUCUUUCACCAC